CAUUUUGAUAUAAAUUUUGGUGUCUAAACGUGUCGAGUCCGAGACCAACGAGUUGUUGAGCAUAUCUCUAUGUCUCUGGAUAUGUAAUCACACAUUCACUUGAAAAUUUUGUUUCAAUGGCUAUGUACAUGAGCAGCAGUGCUUGCUUUCAUGCUUUGAGUAGCCAAAGAAAAUUUCACCAAAGAAUCAGAGCAGUUGCUUCCGAAGAAUACGCUGCUACCACCAGUACAGUGAACCAAGAUAAAGUCAAGUUGGGUAAUUCUGAUUUGAAGGUCACAAAGCUUGGGAUUGGUGCUUGGUCUUGGGGUGAUACUAGCUACUGGAACAACUUUGAAUGGGAUGAUAGAAUGAUGAAAGCAGCCAAAGCUGCUUUUGAUGUCAGUGUGGAUUCUGGUAUUACGUUCUUUGAUACUGCUGAAGUUUAUGGAUCAAGGUUCUCUUUUGGUGCAAUAAAUUCUGAAACAUUGCUAGGAAGAUUUAUUAAGGAGAGGAAGGAACGGGAUCCAGGAGUUGAUGUAGCUGUUGCUACUAAAUUUGCAGCAUUGCCAUGGAGACUUGGUCGUCAGAGUGUCCUAGCUGCUCUAAAAGAUUCUCUCUCCAGGCUAGAGCUUUCUUCAGUGGAGCUCUAUCAAUUGCAUUGGCCAGGAAUAUGGGGAAAUGAAGGAUAUCUUGAUGGUCUUGGAGAUGCUGUGGAGCAGGGUCUUGUGAAGGCUGUUGGCGUAUCGAACUAUAGUGAAAAGCGUCUUCGGGGUGCAUAUGAGCAGCUUAAAAAGAGAGGCAUCCCACUUGCUUCCAAUCAAGUAAAUUACAGUCUCAUAUACAGGAUACCAGAGGAGAAUGGUGUGAAGGCUACCUGUGAUGAACUUGGGGUCAGUUUAAUUGCCUAUUCACCUAUUGCUCAAGGUGCGCUGACAGGAAAGUAUACACCAGAUAAUCCUCCAAGUGGUCCCCGAGGAAGGAUUUAUACACCCGAAUUUUUAACGAAGCUCCAACCUCUAGUAAGCAGAAUAAAGGAGAUCGGGGAGAAAUAUAAUAAGACCCCUACACAGGUAGCCCUAAAUUGGCUCAUAGCCCAGGAGAAUGUUAUCCCUAUUCCAGGGGCUAAAAACGCAGAGCAGGCGAAAGAGUUUGGUGGAGCACUCGGGUGGAUACUCAACACAGAAGAGAUUGAUGAGCUUCGCGCAUUGGCAACUGAAACAAAACCCGUGAUAGGAUUUCCAGUUGAGAAAUUGUAGAACUUACCAGUUCUGCCUAUAUAUACUGUACACAUUUUCAGAUACAUGUAUAGCGAUGUAUACAGGUAAAAUGUAAAAUUACAUUGCACAAUAGUGUUAGAAUAUAACAAGGUGAACCUGAAGAUUUUGGCAUCUUUCAAGUGCAGUUGGUACAAAAAUAUCAUAUAACGUGUACUUAUUUCUGUAUAAGAGACGCAAUAUUCGAAAUAACCUCUUUUUUCCUUCUC